CAGCCAGCAAGUAUAACAGCCUAUUAUCCGUGAUGGCUUCGAAGAGAGAACGAUUUCUAAUUUGUUCUACUGACGUUAGGUUAGGAGCAUUAUCUUUGAAAGUAAAGUGUAGCUUUUCAUCGUAUAAAAUCUCGGGCUUGAUGGUAGCAGAAGAGAUGAUUUCUGGAGGUUUCAGCAAUAGGGUUGAGCACCGUAAGAAAGGUUGGACACAUCAGACUGUCUACAGUGGUCUGAGCUUUUAAGUCCGGGUAGAGAACUCACCAUCCCUCACCUGUGAUCGGCACCUUGGCCCUAAGAGGGCUUUGGGUUGGUGACUCUAGAGGCCAAGGGUGCGUGCACCUGAGCUGGUAUUUGAAUGGGGACCUCACUUAGGAGAAGAAAGAAGUCUGGAGAGUUCUGGCAGUUCUCAGCUGGGCUCAGAAGAUUCAAUAGAUGAGCUAUAACUGAAAUUUAGAACUUGCCAUCUGCCUCUGAGUAGGCUUUCCAGUGUGUACCUCUCUAAUUCCUAGGUUUGCCUCUGGGCCUCUCCAUGUCCAAGCUGGCCUUUCAUCCAUGACACAUUAGUAACAGGCUGGCCGCCUCCAGCCCUUGCACUGGCUCUCUACACUGCAGCUGGUUCUCCCAUGGCCUGGGUCACAGGACCAGGAUACAGAGGGGAGUGCGGAGCCGUCCACACCCACCCCAGGUUGCAGGGCUGGCUGGAGUUUCAGUCAGUUCUCUCUGUUCUGGACUAAUCCUUCAAGUAGCGAGGUCCUCUUUCCCUUCAGGAGGCUCUAAGAACCCUGCCUCCAUGCGCAAAGGGUGUGGAGCUCUCCCUACUUGUUGUUGGUAUUUCCUCCUCACCCCAUCUGAAGCCCGGAUGCUUGGAACUGCUAAAGUCAGAGCUUCAGCUUUUCGACUUUGCUACUACCUGGCCUCAAGCAGGGAGGUAAACAGGGACUUAAAUGUCAUUUGAACAAAACCAAAGUGUAAGAUGUGCCGCAUGACGGAGUACUAGACCAGAAGGCCAGCACUGUAGGCCAGACCUUCAGUGCUGGCCUUCAGCAGGGGCCAGACAUUCAGUUUCAUCUGCCACCCAUGUACCCAGCAGCUCUGGGAGCACCGUCCUGCCUGAGCAGAGCUGGGCCUUGCCCUCGCAGAGGCUGACUGACACGGCAGGAGUAUGUUGGUUCCUUGGUUAUGUUGCAUUAUAACAAUAAGAGUCACAACAUUAAUUUGAAACUGUCUUCAACAACUGGCUGUAUGCAUUUUUUCACACCAGUACAUUCUUAAGCAUCCUCGUUUAUAUAGAAUAACAUAAACUAAUCUGUACCUUUAUAUAUAUAUAUAUGUACAUAUAUACAUGUAUAAACUGUAUAGUGUACAUGUUAAUGAUUUAUUGAUAUGUCCCAAAUCUUUCAUGCAGUUCUCAUCCUCUGCAUGCCCUCAGUUUGCGGUCGGGUGACUUGAAUGUUCCUCGAUGAUCCUGCCCACCUCCCGUGUUUGGACGUCUAGGGAAGGAGGGUUUUGGUCGUAUCCUUCUUGUCCUCAUGCACAGAAAUGCUCAGGGUCCCCACGUGCCUGUUGUUCAACCCUCUCUUGUGUCUCGUUCCCUUUCUGAGCAUGUGGUCCCUCCCUGUCCUGUAACUUCUCUGACCCCUCCCCCAGCUGUGGGACAGCUGCCUUCCUACUAAAGUGUAAAGCAGUAUUAACAUCAUUACUGCAUGUGCGCUAAAAACCCAAGUCUUCUGUUCCCUUGGGACAGGAAAUUGCAUGUGGGGUGGGAUAAUCAAAUUUCAGUGACCCAUGUCAGUUACCCAACAAAGCCAGACCCCAUAGCAAAAUUCCACAAAAUGGAAAUCAAACUUAAAUUUCUUUAUUAGCAUUGUGUAAAUAAAUCUGGAUGUGUUUAACUUUGUACUGGUAAUUUUCUGUAUAUUUGCAAUAUUUGAGUUAGAAAUAAAACAGACUGGACUUUGUUACCUGACCUAUGGAAAUGACUAAGCUACAGUUUGUUACCGUGAUUUCCCAGUUUUCUAGCUUCAGAAAUCAAACUCCAGCAACCGGAGAAUAAACCAGGUAAAGAGCCAGGCCUGCACUGGUAGCGUGAGAGGUACUAGGUGAGGAAGCAGACCUAAGAGAGAGUGACAUGUGGCCAGUCACACCAGCUAGCUGGUGAUGGAGCCAAAGUGAAAAUCUCCCGCUGGAGCCCAGCCUUGGGGUGGCCCAGCAUGGAGGCAGUCACAGCUCUGGAGGUGCCCUCGGGAUCCACACUGAAGGUGAAAGAAACGCACACGGCUGAUGCUGAAGGACCCCCCGCUUCAUCUCGACAAGAGUCCAGCAGCCCCAUUCCCCAGCUCCUGCCCCAUAUAGAAGAACACCCCAAGAUCUGGCUACCUCGGACCCUGAGGCAGACCUAUAUCCGGAAGGUCGGAGACACUGUGAACCUACUAAUUCCAUUCCAGGGCAAACCCAAACCUCGAGCCACCUGGACACAUGAUGGCUGUGCCUUGGAUGCCAGCCGUGUGAGUGUGCGGAAUGGGGAGCAGGACUCCAUCCUCUUCAUCCGAGAAGCCCAACGUGCUGACUCGGGUCGCUACCAGCUCAGUGUGCAGCUGGGAGAGCUGGAGGCCACUGCCACCAUUGACAUCCUGGUGAUCGAGAGGCCAGGCCCUCCUCAGAGUAUCAAGUUGGUGGACGUUUGGGGCUCCAAUGCUACUCUGGAGUGGACACCUCCCCAAGACACGGGCAACACGGCACUCCUGGGAUACACCUUGCAGAAGGCUGACACAAAAUCUGGGCUGUGGUUCACGGUGCUGGAGCGUUAUCACCGCACCAGCUUCACAGUCUCCAACCUCAUCGUGGGCAACUCCUACGCCUUUCGAGUCUUUGCUGAGAACCAGUGUGGGCUCAGUGAGACAGCCCCCAUCACAGCCGACCUUGCCCACAUCCAGAAAGCAGCAACUGUCUGCAAGAUCGAGGGGUUUGUGCAACGAGAUUUCUCUGAAGCCCCGAAGUUCACCCAGCCUUUGGCGGACUGCACCACAGUCACCGGCUAUGACACCCAGCUCUUCUGCUGUGUCCGCGCUUCUCCUAAGCCAAAGAUCAUCUGGCUGAAGAACAAGAUGGAUAUCCAAGGCAACCCCAAGUACAGAGCUCUCAGUCACCUGGGAAUCUGUUCUUUAGAAAUCCGCAAGCCUGGUCCCUUUGACGGGGGAAUCUACACCUGCAAGGCGGUUAACCCCCUGGGGGAGGCGUCUGUGGACUGUCGGGUGGAUGUGAAAGCUCCUCAUUGAGGCUCCCCAAGAGGAUUAGGGCAACUCUGACAAAGGUAAGGAAAGAGGGGCUGGGGUUCUGAAAGGAGUAGGUCAUGUUUAUGACUAGUGUUGAGUCUGAGACAGACGUUUAUUCCUGAGUCUUUCAACCAUGCAGCCAAUGGUGACUACUUUCCUCUUAACCACUUUCUUUGGGAAGCUACCACAUCAUCUCUGUGAAAGGAAUUUACUAUAGAUGGUACUACUUGUGUCACAUCCUCUAUCUAUCUCUACUCAAGUUGAUGACAGGUAUUAAACCUAAGGGACCUCUGGAAAGGGAUGACAGCAUCUACCUAACUGUAAGCGGGUUCUGCGGGAGGGAGGCGGGCAGGCACUAUACGAAAAGGCAUCAAGGGAACCAUCAGGAAUGGAGAAUGGAAGGUCACCACCAGCAAGUGGCAGCAGCAGGGAAAAGGAACAGGAAGCUGCUUCUAGUCAUUGUUUCUACCUCAGAAUCAUGAGCAUGGUGAGAAACAGAUUAGUUUGCUUAUUUUCUGCCUGGAAGUUUACGGAUUCCCUCCCUUCUGAGAGAAGAAACCACCAUUAUCAUCAUGCCAAUAAUAAUUGAACAUGUGGGUAUGUGGUCCCAAGCAGCACAUUACUGGCAAAGGGCAACUCAGAUCACUGUUUAAAAUGGGAUAGCGUGUUCAGGUUCUGAAUCACGCACAGUAGAAAUGCUGUGUACGAACUGAUGAGUGGGGUGAAAAAGCAGCUUGUGGGAGAAUUAAGGAGAACUGGUUCCCAGUGUCUCCUUGGAUUUGCAGUUCUGGGCUGAUGAAAAUUGAGAGAGAAUACCAACCUAGAAGCCAUUUAUUUGAGUCCAUCAUCGAUAAAGAGCAAAUAAAAACCCUCAGGGAUGCAUUAAAAGCACAGACUUCUCAGGAGAACUCUCUCUGCCGGUUGGCUUGCAAAGACAGUUCUCUGGCCACCCCUCAGUCCCCUCUCUGGGCUAAUGUUAAUGUCACGUUGGGGUUAGCCUUGUCAGGAGGACUUGCUCUGCUACCUCUCUCUCAGCCAUCAUGGGCAACACAGCAGAGUAAGUAGAGAAGCGACAGCACAGGACCCUGGGACCAGGGAUAGGAUUGCCUCAGCAUCCUGGCUGUGCACUGGGUGUUUGCUGUUAGAGCCACAACAUACUCUUUCUUUUCUGUGCCUCCAGGAAGCCCAACGGUGGUGAGACUGUGUUCUCAAGGAGCUCCAGCACAGCGUCUGCUUUGGACUAAUCUAAAUAAAUGUGUGGAUCCUCAGUG